CUUGAGUGGCUUGCAUCCAAGGAACCUGAGUCGGUUGUUUAUGUGAAUUUUGGAAGCAUUACAGUUAUGACUCCAGAUCAACUGUUAGAGUUUGCUUGGGUUUUGACCAAUUGUAAGAAAUCCUUUUUGUGGAUCAUUAGGCCUGACCUUGUCAUUGGCGGCUCGUUUAUUUUGUCAUCUGAGUUUGAGAAUGAAAUUUCAGAUAGAGGCCUAAUUGCGAGCUGGUGUCCACAAGAGCAAGUACUGAACCACCCUUCAAUUGGUGGAUUCUUGACUCAUUGCGGAUGGAACUCAACCAUUGAAAGCAUAUGUGUAGGAGUGCCAAUGUUGUGUUGGCCAUUUUUCGCCGAUCAGCCAACAAACUAUCGGUAUAUCUCCCAUAUAUGGGAGACUGGUAUGGAAAUUGAUACUAAUGUGAAGAGAGAGAAGGUAACGAAUAUGAUCAAUGAAUUGAUGUCGGGAGAUAAAGGAAUGAAGAUGAGGCAAAAGGCCAUGGAGUUGAAGAAGAAGGCAGAGGAGAACACCAGUUCUGGUGGCUGUUCAUACAUGAACUUGGACAAAGUGAUUAAGGAGGUCAUGCUUAAACAAUGCUAG